AUGGAAUCAAUCGAAGAGACUUCGGCUUCAUAUUUAAGUUUUGUGGACUAUUUAAUAGUCUUUAGUUUAUUAGGUUUGGGCUCUUAUUAUUGGCUUUUUAUCCGCAAUAAGAGUAAAAAGUCUGAAUUCGACACCUCUUCCAUCAAAACCUUCUCUAUUGAACCUACUCUAACGAGGAGUGUAUCGGAAUCGGGUUUUAUUAGCAAAAUGAAAUCAGGGGGUAGAAAUAUAGUAGUUUUCUAUGGCUCUCAAACGGGAACUGCAGAAGAAUUUGCCGCCCGUUUGGCUAAAGAGGCGACUCGUUAUGGCAUGAAAGCAAUGGUCGCCGACCCAGAAGAGUGUGAUAUGGAGGAGCUCUCGAAACUGACCGAAAUCGAGAACUCGAUGGCAAUAUUCUGUGUGGCAACUUAUGGAGAGGGAGAUCCCACUGAUAACGCACAAGAGUUUUAUGAAUGGCUACAAAACGGUGGUUCAGACCUCACGGGAUUGCGAUACUCAGUGUUUGCGUUGGGAAAUAAGACAUACGAACACUACAACAAAAUGGGCAUAUAUUUGGACGGAAAGCUAGAAGAGUUGGGCGCCACUCGUGUCUAUGAGUUAGGACUUGGAGACGACGACGCGAAUAUUGAAGAAGAUUUUAUUACAUGGAAAGAGAAGUUCUGGACUUCUGUUUGCGAACAGUUUGAUCUGCAGACCGGCGAAGAAGUGAGUUCACGACAAUACGAACUCAUCACUUAUGACGAGAUCGCGAACGAGAAGAUAUUUCACGGAGAAGUCGCUCGACUUAACUCUUAUGUCAAUCAGAAAGCACCCUUUGACACAAAGAAUCCGUUUUUGUCGCCCGUUUUGGUUAACAGAAACCUUUAUAACAGCGAUCGCUCGUGUCUUCACAUCGAGUUAGGACUAAAGGACUCUAAAUUGAGAUAUGAGGCCGGAGAUCAUGUGGCCGUUUACCCGAAGAACGACACUUCUUUGGUCGAAAGGAUCGGACAAUUACUCGAAUUCGAUUUGAAUAAAGUGUUUGCUCUGAAGAACUUAGACGAUGACAGCUCUAAGAAGCACCCGUUCCCCUGUCCCACCACUUAUAGAACAGCUCUUAUGUUUUACACCGACAUCACGAGUACUCCCAGAACUCAUGUGUUGAAAGAGAUCUCUGAGUACACGACUAACGAAGAAGACAAGGCUUUCCUUAAGAAAAUCAGCUCUUCUACCGACGAAGGAAAGCAACUCUAUUCUGAUUGGGUUAUUAAGAACUGCCGAAGCAUUGUUCACAUUCUGGAAGAUUUGCCAUCAGUUAAGCCUCCUUUGGAUCAUUUACUGGAAUUGUUGCCUCGACUUCAGCCCCGAUACUAUUCUAUCUCGUCGUCGCCUAAACUGCAUCCCGAUUCGGUUCACGUGACCGCAGUUGUGGUCGAGUACGAGACGAGCACUAAUCGGGUGAACAAAGGUGUGGCCACUAAUUGGUUGAAAGACAAAAUUCCGAGUAAUAACGGCCACAAGGUUUUGGCUCCUAUUUUCAUACGUCGAUCGCAGUUCCGAUUGCCAGCAAAACCGCAAACACCUGUCAUAAUGAUAGGCCCGGGAACCGGUUUGGCCCCAUUCAGAGGCUUCAUUCAGGAGAGAUGGCAUCUGAAGCAAAACGACAAACCCGUCGGCGAUACCAUCCUUUACUUUGGCUGCAGAAAGAAGUCCGAAGACUAUCUCUACGAAGAAGAACUCACUCAAUACGUAUCGAACGGCACUCUCACCAAACUAUACACCGCUUUCUCCAGAGAUCAGGAGCACAAGAUAUACGUGACUCAUCUCUUGAAACAGAAUAUGAAAGAGAUCUGGAAUAUCAUUGGCGAAAAGGACGGCCACAUCUAUGUCUGCGGUGACGCCCGAAAUAUGGCGCGAGAGGUGAAAGAGAUCAUAAUUGAGACAAUUAUGACUGAAGGCGGCAAAAGCCGGGCCGACGCCGAGGCAUACCUGAAGCGCAUGGAAUCGCAGCGAAGAUAUUCAGCGGAUGUGUGGAGUUGAGCGCAUUCUUGACGUAGACAAUGAAUUUCUCGUCGUUUAGUUUGAAUUGUAUUAUAAAUAUUUUCGAUAACGAAUUCAAAUCAAUUUUUACCUUUAAUUCUAACGCU